AUGGCGCCUUCCAACUACCACGUCGUGACGUCGCCGGAACACCUGCAGCAGGUGCUGUCGACGGACCUGACGCUCGUGUCGGUGCUCUACUUCCGCGCCGACUGGGCUGAGACGUGCCAGCAGAUGGACCAGGUCGUGCAGCAGCUCGUGCAGCGAUGGGACAAGGUGUUGUUCCUCUCUGUACGUUGCAACUCGCGAGUCGAUUCGUCGACGCGGUCGUGGCUCGUGCUGGCCUGUACGCGCGCGCCAUUUGCUCGAUCGCUAAUUGGUCGAUUGCGCGCCGACGGUGAUCGCUUGAUCGCUUGCUGCCUGUACACAGAUCGAGGCCGAGUCGUUACCCGACAUUUCAGAAUCGUUCGAAGUUGAUGCCGUACCUUACUUUAUCCUACUACGAGUUGAGUCCCUGUGCAUGUUUCGCCCAGGCAAGAGUCGUUGUCGAUCGCGUCUGACGCUUCUCCUCCUCCGUACCGUCCUUUCGCAAUCGCACAUCAGGGCCACACCUUGUUGACAAGACUGAGUGGUGCUCAACCUUCGGUGCUCGCAUCGGCCAUCACCCUACACGUCAACAACAAGGCCGCGCUCGCAGGGCAAUCGACCACCUCGGCGCGACCGACCCAAGCCCAAACGCGCUACGACCCCAGCUCUUCCUCUUCCCCCCUCCCAGAACAACGCCGUACCCCGCUGGGGACAUCACAGCUACACGCGAUUCGGACGAGUCGGACGAGGAUCUGACGAAGAGGUGUCAUGAGUUGAUGAAGCAAUCCGACGUCGUGCUCUUCAUGAAAGGGGACCGAAAGACCCCGAGGUGUGGCUUCUCGAGCAAGAUCGUCAAUAUCCUCAACGAGCAGGAUGUCGAAUUUACGACGUUUGAUAUCUUGUCCGAUGAUGCGGUGCGACAAAGUAGGGGUGCUCCUUAGCCGAGACCUGUCCCGAAACUCGACUGCUGAUCACCGUCCUUCUUUCGUAUUCCACCCACCCCUCACAGAGCUGAAGGACCUCAACGAAUGGCCCACGUUCCCCCAACUCAUCAUCAAGGGCGAGUUCGUCGGUGGCUUGGACGUCGUCAAGGAGAUGGUCGAGAAUGGCGAACUCAAGGAGAUGCUCGCUUGA